UUGCAAAAUGGCGGACAACGCUUCAAAUAAGUGAUUUGUUACGUAUACAAUACAAAAAGAUUGUGUAUAUUUUACGAAAAUUAAGCCAUAAUUAGUGAAGAGUGUUUAAAUAUUAGUAAUAUAUAUUAUAUAGUGAUUAUGAAACUUCGUGUUUCAUGUAGUUUUAGUAGUUAUAAAACGGCAUGGUAAAUUGUGCAUAAUGACGCAGUUUUUACCACCUAAUUUGCUCGCAUUAUUCGCUGCGAGGGACCCUAUACCUUACCUACCACCGGCAGCGAAGCUUCCCCAUGAGAAAAAGCAAAAAGGUUAUGAUGGAGUCGGUGCAUUCCUGCACGAGUUCGAGAAUCCAACGCAGACACCACCGCCCACUCGCGUAGAGACACGCGAGGAGCGUUUGGAGAGACGUCGACGUGAGAGAGCGGAGCAGACUGCAUACAGACUAGAGCAGGAGAUUGCUUUGUGGGACCCAGCGACCAACCCCGCAUCUACCACAGACCCCUUCAAGACAUUGUUUGUGGCCAGGAUUAAUUAUGACACAUCCGAGUCUAAGCUAAGAAGGGAAUUUGAAGGAUAUGGACCAAUUAAAAAGAUUAGUAUGGUAUACAGCAAAGAGAAUGGCAAGCCUCGUGGCUACGCCUUCAUUGAGUACGAGCACGAGAGAGACAUGCACUCCGCCUACAAGCACGCGGAUGGUAAGAAGAUCGAUGGCAAGCGUGUGCUGGUCGAUGUAGAGCGCGCGCGCACUGUCAAAGGAUGGCUGCCGAGACGAUUGGGCGGAGGUCUGGGCGGGACGCGGCGCGGAGGCGCGGACGUGAACAUCAAGCACUCGGGCCGCGAGGACAACGAGCGCGAGCGCGAGAGAUACCGCCUCGAGCAGCGCGACGGAGAGGAGCGCGCGCACAGGACCGACAGGCCGGACAGGCCAGACAGGGACAGAGAACGAGUGCGACGUCGCACGAGGUCGCGAUCUCGCCGACGUUCCACAUCUCGGCCGCGGCGACGUGAGCGCGAGCGCGACAGGGAACGAGAACGACCCAGGGAAGAGGAGCCCGACAAACGUCGUCGUCGGUCUCGCUCUCGCUCUGAGCGUCGCCGCGAGCGCAGAGAGAGGUCCGAGAGGUCGGAGAGGUCGCGCUCUCGGGAACGCAAGCGCGCCCGCCGCAGAGACCACAAGGUCAAGGCUGAGGAUGUCAAGGUCAAGGAGGAGCCAGCUGACGACUACCCACAGUUCCGUCUGCCUCCCCCCGACGUCCACAUCAAGCAGGAGCCAACAGAGGAAGAGGAUAAAUACAAUCCCGAGGAUGCCAACGGCGACCACUAUGACUACUGACACCAUUCUCACCACAAAACAUCGCACACCUGACACAGAACAGAAUACUCAUCAGGUCACCACAAACUGCCAAAAGCUUACCAAACAAGUAAUCAACAUCACACACACAAAGUCAAUACAAGAAAGUAUGAACAUUCACAUGAAAAUACAAGAAAUAUUGAUCAUACCAAUGUGUCAAGAAGUCACAGCAGUCCUCGUAUUGUACAUGAAACACAAAGAUUUGGUUACAGUCCACUGAAUAUUUACAAUUUGCCGAGAUAUUACAAUCCAACAAGAUACCACAGUCCACAAAUCGGUUACCAAAUGCCUGCAUUUGAACACAAUCCACCAAUUGUCCAUCAAAUACCGAGAUUAGACCUCAACAUACCAAUGGUCCAUCACAGAUUUGACCACAAUCUACCAAUGGUCCAUCACAGAUUUGACCACAAUCUACCAAUGGUCCAUCACAGAUUUGACCACAAUCUACCAAUGGUCCAUCACAGAUUUGACCACAAUCCACCCAUGCUCCAUCAAAUACCGAGAUUUAACCAUAAUUCACCAAACAAUCCACCAAUGGUCCACCAUAGAUUUAAUCAUAAUCUACCAAUGGUCCGUAAUAGAUUUGACUACAAUUCAUCAAUGGUCCAUAACAGAUUUUAUCAUGAUCCACCAAUGUUUUACAACAGAUUUGACCGAAAUCAAUCAAUGGUCCCCCACAUGCCUAGAUUUGAUCACAGUCCACAAAUGGUCCAUUACAGAUUUGACCACAAUCCAACAACGGUCCAUCACAGAUUUGACCACAAUCCAACAACGGUCCAUCACAGAUUUGACCACAAUCCAACAACGGUCCAUCACAGAUUUGACCACAAUCCAACAACGGUCCAUCACAGAUUUGACCAUAAUCCACAAAUAGUCCCCCAUAUGUCUAGAUUUGAAGACAAUCCACAAUUUUUUCCCGAAAUGCCAAGAUUUGACCACUAUCCAACAACGUUCCGAGACAUGCCUAGAUUUGAUCAUAGUCCACAAAUGAGCCGGGAUAUGUCUAGUUUUGACCACAAUCCACAAACGGUCGACGAAAUACCGAGAUAUGACCAUAAUCCACCAACAAUCCAUAACAGAUUUGACCAAAAUCCAUCAAUGGUCCAUCCAACAUCUAGAUAUGAUAGUCCAUCAAUGUUCGACAACAGAUAUGACGAGAAUGUACAAGACGACUAUCACACGUCAACAAGAACUUGGAUGCUUCAAAUGCACGGAUGUUUUGAUUUGGAUGACGAAUAAAUACAUACAAAAUAAAUAUAUUUAAAUUA